AUGAUUCUGAAACUUCACGUGCUUGUUCCCAUCAAUGAUGACAUGUCAGUUCAUUCCAGAGGUGUGCUGUGCCUUGUUCUCCUGGUCAGACUAGCCACCUCUCAGGCAGAGUUUGGAUAUUUCAACGGCAGCUCUAGUGUAACACUCCCUAACUCCGCAUGGGACUUGAGACAGUGGACACAACUCUCCUUCCGAACAUGGGACGGCGACAUCGACAACUGCUGGAAUAACCCCUGCCACCAGGGCCGAUGUGUAGAUGGGUAUAAAAACUUCACCUGUGUGUGUCCCCAUAACUACAAUGGAACGUACUGUGAGAACGAUCUAUCUCAGCUUGGAUGCCAUGUUGUGAAUCUGUGCCUGAACAACGCUACCUGUGUUGCAAACCCUGACCAAGGGACAGUGUACAGGUGUAUCUGCACACCAGGCUUUACGGGUAAAAAUUGAGAAACCGAGAUCGACGAAUGUCGUCGAGACCCAUGUCAGCAUGGUCAGUGUAUUGACCUGGUCGACGGCUACAGGUGUAACUGCACAGGUUCAGGUUAUGAUGGGGACAAUUGCACCAGUGAUGUGAAUGAAUGCAACUUGACUCCCGGCGUCUGUGGUAACGGCACCUGCGUCAACAACCCCGGCAGCUUCACCUGCGUCUGCCCCCAGGGCUAUGAUGGCAUAGGAUGUGUGGUGGAUGUGGACGAGUGCUUGUCGAUCCCCUGUAAACACGGAGGGAACUGUACGAGUGGUGUCAACACUUACCACUGCACCUGUCCCAGGGGCUACACUGGACCAGACUGUGGGGUGGACAUCGAUGACUGCAUCAACGUCACAUGCCGAGGCAGCAACACACGCUGCCAGGAUGGCGUCAAUAGCUACACUUGUGUUUGCAAGGAUGGAUACUCGGGCCUGGCCCCCGUGUGUCGGGACAUAGAUGAGUGUGCUAGUAACCCAUGCUACGGCAACGCCACCUGUGACAACCUUGAGAACGCCUUCAAGUGCAACUGUCCACCUGGAUUUACUGGAAGCAAGUGUCAGACAAACAUCAACGACUGUCAAGACAACCCAUGUGAAAAUAAUGGAACGUGUAGAGAUCAGGUCAACUCCUACAGAUGUGACUGCGUGGAUGGGUACAGGGGAGACAACUGCAGUGAGAACAUACAGGAAUGUCAGGAGACACCAAUGCUCUGUAGAAAUGGAGCAACAUGUUCAGAUGCGAUCAACGGGUAUGUCUGUGAGUGUGCACCGGGCUGGACAGGCAUAUACUGUGAGACGGACUUCAACGAGUGCGACAGCAAUCCCUGUCUGAAUGGCGCCACCUGCCACAACCACACCAACUACUACAACUGCAGCUGUGCCGCUGGCUUCACAGGUUUUGACUGCUCACAGAACAUUAACGAAUGCAAUCCGAACCCAUGUCAACACGGAGGUCGUUGUCAAGAUGGCAUCAACAGCUUCACAUGUAACUGUACCACGGAUUGGAUGGGUAGACUGUGUAACGACACAUACAACGCCUGCACAGAUCUGUCUCCCUGUCAGAAUGGAGCGACAUGCAACACUCAAGCACCAAACCUGGAUUUCAACUGUACAUGUUUACCAGGCUACAGUGGCUUCAACUGUGAACACAAUGUGAAUGAUUGUCGUAGUGAUUCCUGUCAGCCAUUUGAACAGUGUUUUGACGGUGUUGGCAACUUCACCUGCGGAUGCCCUGUGGGUUUUACAGGAAGUGAUUGCUCUACUCUAAUCAAUGAUUGUGUUCCCAACCCAUGUGUUCAUGGAGAGUGCACUAACCUGGUGGGGGAUUAUGCCUGUACCUGUCUGCGACAACUCGUUAACCUUACAGACUACACACCUGGCAGGGUACAUGAGUUCUACACAGGAUGGCAAGGUGUAAACUGUGACGAGGACAUCAAUGAAUGUAAUCAGACUGUUUCCGCGUGUCUCAACCGAGGUCUCUGUCAGAACAACCCAGGGAGCUACGAGUGUUUCUGUGGAACGGCUGGGGGAGACAGCUAUGGGAUUGGCACCAACUGUGAGAGGGUCUCCAGCUACUGUCUGCUGGAAACGGUGGGAGGAGCUCCGUGUAAGAACGGGGGCACCUGUAUCAACUUGGAGAGGAGCUUCUCAUGUCUCUGUGCACCUGGAUAUACAGGUGAUCGCUGUGAGACAAAUAUCAAUGAGUGCAUCCCGAACCCCUGUCAGUACAAUGGCACCUGUGAAGACGGCAUCAACAGCUUCAACUGCACCUGCAUUCCUGGCAUCACAGGCGACACCUGCGAAACAAACAUUAACGAAUGUUGGCCAUGGAACCCGUGUUUAAACUAUGGGAUCUGCAACGAUCAGAUCAACAGGUAUGAGUGCGACUGCACUAACACCGGCUUUAACGGAACCAACUGUGACAACAACAUUAAUGACUGCAUUGGUUCACCCUGUGAGAACGGUGGCACAUGUGUAGAUGGAAUUAAGGGCUAUGACUGUGCAUGCUAUGCUGGGUAUACAGGGAGCAGCUGCCAAACAGACAUCAAUGAGUGUCUGUCCAUUCCUUGCCAGUACAACGGCACAUGUAUCCAGCGUUCUCAACAAUCACUUUAUGGCAAUCACACGGAGUUGAUCAACUUUUCAUAUGCUACGGCUGCUGGCUAUAUCUGUGAAUGCAUCCCUGGAAUAACAGGCCGAGAUUGUGAAGUGAACAUCAACGACUGUGUGAACCACCCGUGAGAAAAUGGUGCAACUUGUGAAGACCAGAUUAACGCCAUUAAAUGCAAAUGCGCACCUGGCUAUGAAGGACAGUUGUGUGACACUGAGAUUAACGAGUGCACCCGGUACCGAGCCUGUCAAAAUGGGGCAACUUGUACAGACAGAAUUAACGCCUACGAAUGUCAGUGUCCAGCCUUCCAACUAGGUCAAACGACAUACGGUGGGGAAAACUGCACCAUCGUGUUGACAGGAUGUAAUGGCAAUACCAUGUGCCAGAAUGGGGCGACGUGUGUACCGACACUUAACGAGGCCAACCAACAUGGCUACACCUGCCGCUGCGCAACUGGCUUCACCGGACGUCACUGUGACGUGUCGACAACUGUCAGCUUCGCCAAUGGGGCUCAGAUUAACAAAUCAUAUGUUACAAACUUUACGCUACACAUGCGAUUCCGAACCACUCUGAAAUCGGCUGUGUUGGUUGUGUAUAAGCCAGGUAGCGGUGACUAUAUCAGUUUGGAGAUCCACAAUGAAAAGUUAUUUGCGGUUUUCGGAAAUUCCCACAAACCUCUGUCCAGCCAUUCUGCCACGACAAGGAGUAAUGUCAAUGAUGCUGAGAUGCAUACAGUCACAAUGAUAAUUAAACAGAACGUCACAGUGAAACUAGAGAGUUCCCUAUGCAAUUCCCAGGAAGCAUGCACAGUUUCAUUCUCAUUUCCCCGCCCUCUAGGCUCAGAUGUUAACAAGUUGUACAUUGGCAAUGCCGUCCAGUCUGUGAUGAAUUCAACACUGUCAAAAACUGCAUUCACUGGUUGUAUGGAGGAUAUCAAAUACAAUGGAAAUUAUGUCAUUCCGUCCAACAGUCAUAUAGCUUCAUUUCAUCGUAUCCUGAAUGGAUGUCCGAGGACCGAACAGUGCCUUCCAUACACAUGUAAUCGCAAUGGAGAUUGUGAUGACUUGUGGAACACAUUCAAAUGCAACUGCCAUCGACCCAACUUGGGAGAGACUUGUCAGACAGAAUACAUACCUGUGACCUUUUCUAAAGACAAUGUGUUGAGCUGGGCCAGCUUCAGUCUGGGAAGUCUUGGCUCCCGUCUGAACAACACAAUCAACUUAUCCCUGUUUGUGCGAACCCGUCAGACUGACGGCGUCAUCAUGUACCUCGGCAACUCCAGCCCUUCAUCCUACAUCACCCUGGAGAUGACAAACGGGAAGCUGACUGCGACGUUCAUGCUCUGCAGCUCUCAACACAUGCUCAACUCAUCCAUCUCUUACAAUGAUGGCCAGAGACAUUUUGUUCAGAUCAAGAAGACCAGUAGUGACUUAAGCUUAUCAGUCAAUCAGGGAUUUCCAGAUCUUUUUGCCAUUCACAGAUACACAAGUGACCGGAUCCAGCUGCCCGUUUCGCCUGAUAUAACCUAUUUCGGUGGAAAGGUACCAGCUGCUGCCAAUACUGGAAGGCGAAGACGAGCAGUUGAUGGUUCGAGUGCUUACUUUCAAGGGGUUAUUCAGGACGUAGAGGUUAAUGGGGUUAAGCUGGAGUUUUUCCCUGUCAAUGAGACAACAGGUGCCAGCCUGGAGAUGUCCUCAUCCUCAAACCUCACCGAGGGCGAAGUCUCCACAGAAUCAGCCUGUGAUGCGGCGCCAUGCAAGCAGAAUGGGACCUGCCACAACAGUUUCUAUAAUGACUUCAACUGUGACUGUCCAUACGGCUACCGGGGGAAAGAUUGCGGAGAACUGGACUUCUGUCGCAACGCUACUUGUUCAGAAGGCGCCACCUGUAAUAGUCUCCACAGUGGCUACGAAUGUAUCAGCAGUUCCACCUUUAACGGUCACUCCAGCGUAGCUUCGUACACAGCCAUCUUGAACUCGGACAAGGAAAUGAAUUCUCUCAGCCUCAAGCUCAGAACAGGAGUGCUGUACGGAGUUCUUCUUCACAUCCAACAUGGUGGCCACUUCAUGAAGCUGCGUGUCGCUGGGGGAGCUGUACAGUUAAACUAUAAGCUAAAGGAUGAGAUUUCAAGCGUGCUUAAUGUCCACCAGUUGGUCAAUGAUGGACAGCAGUAUUACAUCAAGAUGACAACAAAUGCCAAUACCAUUAACCUUCAGGUGCUACUCAAUAGUACCAUUUUGAAAGAGGCUCAUGUUACUGUUGAUAAUACCGUAACAAACCUUACCAACUUGAUACAGAAUGGGGCAAAGAUUUACAUUGGUGCCACUGGACCGAACCAAUUAUGGGAACAGCCAUAUAAAGGUUGUCUUGAAGAAGUUCGAAUUGGAGGACUUUUGCUACCAUUUUACUUUGAUGCCACAUUUCUCAACAACAAUAUGAGAACUGAGAAGUUUGUAGCAUUGAGGAUUGCACACCUACGGGGCGGUUGUCAUAAGAAUCAUGUUACACGUAUCAGUGGUAACAAUGGUGCCACUUGUGAACUUGGCUGGAAUGGCAAGCCAACCUGUAACUGUCGCCCUGGUUUUACUGGGCAGUGGUGUGAAGUGAACAUCAACGACUGCAUGUCAACGUCGUGUCAGAAUGGUGGCUUGUGUGUUGAUGGCGUGGACAGCAUCAGCUGCAAGUGUCGCACAGGUUACAGUGGGGAUAGGUGUCAGCAGAAUGUGGACUACUGCAACAGUACUGUGUGUAGCAACAAUGGAUCCUGUCAGGAAGCUACUGCAGGGUUUGUGUGUAACUGUACUGAAGAUUACACCGGGAUUACCUGUGAUACAAGGGUGAACCAGUCUUGUGGAACUGGACUUUGUCAGAAUGCAGGAACCUGUACUGAUAUCAACAUCACACUGUCUUCAGGGACUGUAUCUUCAUUCAACUGUACCUGUACUGCGGGAUAUGAAGGACCAGUCUGUGAACGAGCCAGGGAUUUCUGUACUGUUCAGACGUGUGGGAGCAAGGGGAAUUGUACCUCCAACCCUGACACUCAGUCCUACACCUGUAGCUGUGAUGCAGGGUUCGAUGGUAACAACUGUGAGACCAACAUCAUUGAUUGUCAGACGUCAGCUUGUGAAAAUAAUGGAAUAUGCCAGGACGCAGACAACGGAUAUAUUUGUAACUGCACAGCCGGCUGGACAGGUGACAAGUGCACUGUGAGCGUCGAUGCGUGCAACAACAAUCCGUGCCAGCGUGGCAACUGCAGCGAUGUAGAAGGAACCUCCCAGUGCAACUGCACAGGGACUGGCUUUGAAGGUGAUGGAUGCACUGUUGAGGUUAAUGAGUGUGACAACAACCCCUGCCAGAACGACGGCACCUGCAGCAACACAGAGGGCAGCUACAUAUGCAACUGCACCAUCGGCUACGGCGGACCCAACUGCAGCAUUGUAAACUGUAGUCAAGUCGACUGUCGCAACGGUGGAACUUGUCGUGAAAAUGCUGACAAAACCAAAUGGAGAUGUAACUGUACCGAGUACUACGCAGGUGAUGUGUGUGACAUCAGAGGUCCGUGUUUCAACCAGACGUGUGACGAAGACAACACUGCCCAGUGUGUCCAGGACAUCCAAGUCUUCAACUACACCUGCGUCUGUAAGAAUGGAUGGGAUGGAGACAACUGUACGGAGGACAUCAACGAAUGUGACACCGGCGUGCACCUGUGUCGAAAUGGCCACUGCAACAACACCGACGGCAGCUACGGAUGCGACUGUUACCCGGGUUACAAAGGCCAAUACUGUGAAAAUGACAUUGACUACUGCAGGCCUAAGUUCUGUAAGCCUGGUGUGUGUGUAGAGAGAAACACUUCCUUUUCAUGCAACUGUGAUAAUACAGGUUAUGAAGGAGACAAUUGCACAGAGGAUAUAGAUGAAUGUGAGCUGAACAAUACCUGUAAAAAUGACAACAUGAUCUGCAACAACACUGCCGGCAACUUCACCUGCCCCUGCAAGGCUGGGUUCCUAGGGCAGGACUGCGUCACUGACCCAUGUACUGUCACCACCUGUGAAAACAAGGGAACAUGCAACUCCUCAAGCGUUGACAACAUCAUCUUUGAACCAACGUGUCACUGUACAGGUGCCUACGAAGGCCCCAGGUGUGAGAAGGCGCUACCAGUAACAGGGCCAGAAGAGUUGAACAUCUGGUACAUCAUCGGACCCAUCAUAGCUAUAGUGCUGCUGGUCGUCUUGAUAGGUGUAAUAAUAUUCCUGAUGAUGGCCAGGACGAAGAGGGCAACUCGGGGAACUUACAGCCCCAGUAGACAAGAGACAUCAGGAGCAAGAGUGGAACUAGGAAAUGUUUUGAAAAAGCCACCUGAAGAACGGUUAAUAUGAACAUCGCCAUAACCAAAGACUGGUCACAGCCCAAACCCAGACUUCUUGUGAACGUGGUUCCCCGAGAACAAAGUGAUCUGUGUUCAGCUGGAUGACAGUGAUGUGAUUGAAACAUUCAUGGGCAAAGAUCCAUCGCUGGAGCAACCCGAGAUCCGGAGUCCCUGUGUGGGAACUGAAUGGGGAUACCUUCAAAGGGAGAUAACUCAAGGAUAUUUAUAUUUAAACAAACGUGGAUGUGACUUCAUUAAGAGAUGCAGUGCCUUUAUUGGAUUCCUGACAGUGAAGAACUGGAUGUAGAAUAUGGAAGUGCUUGGUGCUAGUUUGGAAGAUCCUUCAAAACAAGGCAGAGACAAUUGGCACAAAAUGAUAUUAUUUUCAGUGUGUGUGUUUGUAUGUGUGGGAAAUCAGACAAUAGAUGUAUCGAUGGAAUGAUUCUGUAUUUUGAUGGUAUGAUUGUGCCAAAAGUGAACUGUUCAUUCUUAUCAUGGCAAACAUUUUUACCAACCAUAUGACCAAUGCUUGAUGAUGCUACUAUUGUAUAUUUCUUCCAGACAGUUGCUGGAUCCAACAUUAUCACCCAGACAGCUCACCAGAGAUUCUGCCAUGGGUUCUGCAGCUACUCUACUCCACAUUUUGUCAGUAUUUGCCAAUAAUUUUACAUUAUUCAGGGAUGGAGAAUCAUAGAUGUUUAUGAUACUAGAUGAGCGAGAGACGAUUUAGUGUUUAUAUGACACAGAAGUUUAAGGGCACAAUUUCACAAAAUAAUUUUAGUGAUUUGUUGUAAGUCUUUGUCAACAUAUUGGACUUACGAUGGUCAUAGCACUGGGACUGCUUGUCAAAUGGAGACCAAGCUUUCCCCACACAUCAGACGGACAUGACGUGACUAACCUCCUGUUCAUGGUGGCAUGAAGCUUGACAUAAUGCUUGAUGAGGCAAGUUAGAACAAACUGAUUGAUAGCAAUAACAUGAUGGCAACUGGGCUGAAUGAAACAACGUUAUUGUGGUACAGAAUUUAUCAUGAGUUCGGUAUCGCAAUACAUAUUUUGUGUUUCAAGGGAUUUCAACAGUUUUCUUACACUAAACCUAUACUGACAGUUAACCUAUACUGACAGUUAACCUAUACUGACAGUUAACCUAUACUGACAGUUAACCUAUACUGACAGUUAACCUAUACUGACAGUUAACCUAUACUGACAGUUAACCUAUACUGACAGUUAACCUAUACUGACAGUUAACCUAUACUGACAGUUAGCCUAUACUGACAGUUAACCUAUACUGACAGUUAACCUAUACUGACAGUUAACCUAUACUGACAGUUAACCUAUACUGACAGUUAACCUAUACUGACAGUUAACCUAUACUGACAGUUAACCUAUACUGACAGACAGUUAUUAGCCUAUACUGACAGUUAACCUAUACUGACAGUUAACCUAUACUGACAGUUAACCUAUACUGACAGUUAACCUAUACUGACAGUUAACCAGAGUUACAAGUACCCAAUGUUGAAUACCAAAUAAUUCAGGCUGACUGUAAAAUAGAAUAUACUUUGUUGAUUGUGAUCUACGCAAUGUCAUUCAUGUCAGUGUACAGGUGUGGAAAGAACAACUAUCCCACUAAGCAACUAGUCCCAACCAGUUAAUGUACUCUGAGGGCUGGUGGGGUGUAGACAUUGUUGAGAGUUUUGCUACAUGUUAAUGUCGUUAAUGUCACUAUAUGAGGAGGUACAUGUUCUUGUAAUGUUUGUCCCUGAUACGCCCGACUUCCCUCCAACAUUAAGCCGUGAUAUGACUGAUAUACUGUUCAAAGUGACAUGGAGCCCAAGACAUCUAGUGACCAACCCCUGUAUAUACAGACAUAGCCAUUAAAUCCGAGUACUUCUUGCAAUACUUGCCAUAUUUCUCCAAGUAGGCAAUAAUGGGUGUAUCCUCACUACAUUGAUGUUGUACAUUGAGGCUUUCUGAGGUGUGUUUUAAUUUGAUACUAGAAUCAUACAACUGCAACAAUAUUGAUAAUGUCCAUGCAAUAAGAGUUCUAUUUCUUUCCUGUGGUAUUGGUAGAACAUGUGUAACGUUUGGAAUGACCUGGAGACUAGUACCGUGUCUGUUACACGCUGACCUGAAGUAUGGUAAUGAAGGUGGCAAUUAUCACAGAUUGACAAUCAUUACAUGACGCCCGUGCCUUGCAAUACAGUGAUUGUUUUGUUUUAAACAUAUUUUAUUCACUGAGAAAAGGAUUAGGAACAAGUUCUCCAACUUAGAAUACCCUCUCCUUGGUAUGUACAUAGGUAAUUUAGAUUCCCGCAACUAAAGAUGACAGAUAGUGGACAAGAAAGUAGUAUA